UCUAACACUCUCCUUUUUAUUACCACCAUCGCAUCACCGUCUUCAACUUUCCCAGGCUUUCCUCUUUUCCUACAUUUCGUACAGUUAAGUUCACCUAUCUCUCACCUCAGCUUAGCGAUGUAUGAACCCCAUAGCCACAGAUCUCAAAGAAGUGGCCGUACAAACCUAGCUUCAUGUAUAGUGGCAACAGUGUUCCUCCUCUUCCUCGUUGUCGUCAUCGUUAUCGUCUACUUCUUCGUCUUCAAGCCCAAGGACCCAAAAAUUGCCGUCGAAGCCGUCCAAUUCCCAACUUUCUCCAUCCAAAACGGCACCGUCAACUUCACAUUCUUCCAAUUCGUCUCCGUCACGAACCCCAACCGCGACGAGUUCACCCAUUACGACAGUUCACUCCAGCUUGCCUACUCCGGCCAGCCGGUGGGUUUUGUUUUUAUCCCCGCCGGAAAGAUUGAGGCGGGUCGGACCCAGCACAUGUCGGCGAAGUUCAACGUACAGAAAUUUCCUGUGGCGUCGAAGGCAACGACAACGGCGGCGGCAGCGAAUGGGAUGUCUACGCCGUGGGUAGGUGAUGGAGUUGGAGUUGGAGUUGGGGUUGGGGUGGGACCCACAAUGGAGAUAGAGACGAGGAUGAAGUUGGUGGGGAGGGUUAGGGUUUUGAAGGUGUUCACGCACAGGGUGGAGAGUGGGAUGAGGUGUGGGGUGGUUAUUCAAGUUAGCAGUGGGUCUGUGUUGGGUUUCCAUUGCUGAUGGUUAUUGUUGGAUCAAAUAUGUUUCUGUUGUAAUUGUAGUGUUAUUGUACCGUUGGAUUUGAAUUUCAAUGAAUGGUUAAGUGCACAAAUACUGUU